AUGUCCGAGACCAGCGCGCAGACGGACCCUGUCGUCGGCCCCUUCUCGUCCCGCGACAGCAGGUCACGGUUGGACGUCGACCGCGAACUCCCUUCAACGAGCCAUCUGCCACUUUGCCCCAGGUCAAUAUACUCUUCCAAAUAUGACGACUGGUACACACUCGAAGGCAGCAUACUGGACGUCUGCCCGGACUGCCUCGAUGGGAUCAUUGGCCGGCACCCCUUCCGGUCACAGUUCUUCCGGACACGUCGCAGCGAGCUGCGGAAAAAGUGCGAUUUCAGCUCGUAUUGGUUCCGGCUCGCUUGGGAGCUCACGCUGGAGCAGCAGCGGCCGGACCUCUCGCUCAUCCGCGCCCUCGCCAGCAUAACGCACACGGAGCCCGAAUGCCCAGACACGCGCGAAACUCACCGCGUAUGGUACGGCCUGCCACGGCCAUACGACGACGCGCCCAUCUCCAACCUGCACAUCUGCCAAGCCGACGUGCGCACGCUCGAGACGCUCUUCCCCACGCUGCGCGGCUUCUUCACGCGCCUCUCGCCAACCACGACGCCGCACCAGUGCGCGCUGCGCCCGUCCUCGCGCCGCGCCGCCACGUAUCUCGCCACGCUCGCCAGCACGCACGCGGCGGCGGUCGCGGCGCGCGCGCCCGCCGACCCGACGCCCUUUGCGCGCCUAGCCGACGCGCUGGCCUGGAAGCAGGAGUGCCAGCAGGACACGCAGCUGCGCAACGCGCCGUGGCACACGUGCGCGGCCAUCCCGGCCCUCACCGUCUGCGAGGCCUGCUACGACGAGGUGGUGCGCCCGGCGCGGGCGGCGGGGUCGCGCCUCGCGGGCGCUGUGUCGCGCUCGCUGGGCCUGGCGUUCGACCGUUCCCUCGGCCGCAGCUGCCAGUUGUAUAGUGCGCGCAUGCGGCGGGCGUGGGCGCGCGCUGUGCGCGACGACGAUGUGCUGGGGUUUGCGGGGGUGGUGCGGGCGAGGAGGAAGGCGGAGGUGCGGCUGCAGGGAAGGAUGAGGGCGUUGAAGGGGCGGAUGGACGAGGUGGAGGCUAGAGCAGAGGAGAGGAGGGGAUGGGGCUUGAGUAGGGGGGACGGGUGGGGGAGUGAGGUUGCUGGUGGGGGUGCUGUUGAGGACGUGGGGAUGGGUGCGGGGUUGAGGUUGGAGAAGGAGCGCCUGCGGGCUGAGAUGGCGGCUGUGGCGAGGGAGUGGCGGGAGUGGGAGUAG